GCAAGAGACAGUAGGAAAGGUGAGGGAGGCCAGAGCGGCCGAGCAAACCUGACACCUUAGUUUAGAACUGUCAUUGUGAGGACAAUUUAAACAGCCCUCAACUUGAGGGGAUGUUCAAGGGUUAAGACUUGGUUUUAGGGUUAAGGUUAGACUUUAGUUUAGGUUAGGAUUAAGGUAAGGGUUGGGGUUAAGCAUUUUGUUGUGAUGGUUAAGGUCAGGGUAAGGGGCUAGGAAAUGCUUUAUGUCUAGGGGUAAAUUCCAAUACCUGUUUGUCUGUUCUUAGCGUCUCGAUCCAUGCUCAACCCCAAAAUCAUUUUGGUCCACUAUUUUGAAGGAUGUCCCAAAGUUCUUGUUCCUGCUCUGAGGAACAAAGAGGCUGCAUGGAGGAGCUACGAGUGGAGAAGCGUCUGGAUCUGGUCAAGCAGGUGUCACACAGCACUCACAAGAAGCUGACUGCCUGCCUGCAGGGCCAGCAGGGGACUGAUAUGGAGAAGAGGUCUGUUAAGUCUCCUUCUAAAAAACUACCACUCACAAUCUUGGCACAGUGUAUGAUAGAAGGGGCAGCCGUGUUGGGAGAUGACUCUCUCCUAGGGAAGAUGCUGAAACUGUGUGGGGAGACAGAAGAGAAGCUGGCCCAGGAGCUCAUCCAGUUUGAGUUCCAGAUAGAGAGAGAUGUGGUGGAGCCUCUCUAUGUGCUUGCUGAGGUGGACAUUCCCAACAUCCAGAAGCAGAGAAAGCACUUGGCUAAACUCGUCUUGGACAUGGACUCUGCUCGAACAAGAUAUCAGCAGUCGUCCAAGUCAUCCAGUCACCCGAGCACUCUGCAGCCUGGCGCCAAGUCCGAGUCCCUAAGAGAGGAAAUGGAGGAGGCAGCCAAUCGGAUGGAGAUUUGUAGGGAUCAAUUGUCAGCAGAUAUGUACAAUUUCGUGGCCAAAGAAAUAGACUAUGCAAAUUACUUCCAGACACUGAUAGAAACGCAGGCAGAAUAUCACAGGAAGUCAUUAGAGAUCCUUCACAGCGUCCUGCCCCAGAUUAAAGCUCACCAAGAAGCGUGGGUGGAGAAGCCAUCAUUUGGCAAGUCCCUGGAGGAACACCUGAAUAUUAGUGGGCGAGAGAUUGCCUUCCCCAUCGAAGCCUGUGUCACCAUGCUUUUAGAAUGUGGCAUGCAAGAGGAGGGCCUCUUCAGAGUGGCUCCGUCAGCCUCCAAGCUGAAGAAACUGAAAGCCUCCCUGGACUGCGGAGUUCUAGACGUGCAAGAGUACUCCUCCGACCCACAUGCUAUUGCAGGGGCUCUGAAAUCAUACCUCCGUGAGCUCCCUGAGCCACUGAUGACCACUGAACUUUAUGAUGAAUGGAUUCAGGCCUCCAACAUUCAAGAUAUGGACAAGAGACUGCAGGCAUUAAUGGCAGUGUGUGAAAAACUCCCCACAGACAACUUGAACAAUUUCAGAUAUCUAAUCAAAUUCUUAGCCAAGCUGAGUGAGUAUCAAGAUGCAAACAAGAUGACUCCCGGUAACAUGGCUAUUGUCCUCGGCCCUAACUUGCUUUGGACACACACAGAACCCAAUAUGACAGAGAUGAUGACCACUGUGUCCCUACAGAUUGUUGGCAUCAUUGAGCCCAUUAUUCAGCAUGCUGACUGGUUCUUCCCUGGAGAGAUUGAAUUCAACUUGACAGGCAGCUAUGGCAGCCCGAUCCACACCAACCACAACUCCAACUACAGCUCCAUGCCCUCACCCGACAUGGACCACUCUGAUCGCAAGCAGCAGCAUGACCAGAGCCGACGCCCACUGAGCGUAGCCACCGACAACAUGAUGCUGGAGUUUUACAAGAAGGAUGGCAUUAGGAAGAUACAAAGUAUGGGCGUCCGGGUUAUGGAUACCUCCUGGGUGUCUCGGAAGGGUUCAUCGACUCUGGCACGCAAGGCCUCCUCCACUCCUCCAGGCAUGCAAGGCUCUGGCGGCCCAGCAGACGCACUCAUCCCUGAGCAGCCUGGGGAACUCGUCACCUCUCCGUCCGCGACGCCGCCGCCUGGAGAAAGGGCUUGCUCAGACAACGUGUCGCCCAAUCGGCCGGACACUUCUCAUGCCCACCCACCCCCAGGGGAGGACCGGCCACCUCCCCCUUACCCCAUCUCCUCGUGCCACUCGCUCCCCCACCACUUCUAUCCAAAACCCCCGCCCUGCGCUCGCCCUGUUGCACCUGGUCCAGAGUCCCAGCCCCCUGGCUCCCCACCACCCGCAAUACGCUGGCCUGGCUUCAUGCCCCCUGCCCCGCCCCCUUCCUCCUCUUCUUCCUCCUCCUCAUCAUCACUUGACAUCAAUUCGAAUCCCAAACCCAGCUGUCUGCACUUCCCCAAGCACAGCCCGCCUGGUGACAUUUCGCAUGCCCCCCCACUAGACACUAAUGCUUCACCACUCUACAUCAAAACUCCCCUGGUACUAACCCACCACGACCAGUCCUUUGGCAACCCCCCUAGCCUCCCUUCGUCUGUGCCCCCACCCCCACCGUGGGCUGCCUGUCCAUGUGCCCGAGAGAGAGGACCCCCCAGGCUGACUAGUUCACUGAAGAGUAAAGAGCUCUCCCCUGUCAUUGGACACAAAGCCAUCCAGGUGGCAGGUCCAACAGUCCCACCCAGCAGCAGUCCUCAGAGCAGUGGCCAGUCCCCCCACUCCACAGAGCACAGUCCACACACCCUGCGCAAAGGAUCCAAGAAGUUGGCCCCUGUGCCUCCCAAGGUCCCUUACGGCCAGUCUGGCGGGAUGUGCGACCAGUCCACAGGUCAGCCAUCACCGGUCAGCCUGUCUCCCACACCUCCUAGCACCCCCUCCCCUUAUGGACUGGCCUGCCCACCAGGGCAAGUGCCCCCAUCCUCCCCUGGGCAGACCCCAUUAGGGGCACCUCACUCCCUUUCGUCCCCACCCUCCCUGACAGGAACGCUAACCAAGUCUCGGCCUGCCCCUAAGCCCAGGCAGAGACCCAGCCUGCCCCCUCCUCAACCACCCACAACCCCACUGGGGCUCAUUGGCCCAGCCACCACCCCAGUACCCCAGCCCCUGGAGCAGGGCCUCCUGGAUGGACUGUCUCCCGGGGAGAGCAUGUCUACAGAUAUCUUCAAUUAUGAAAUCCCCUCCAUCAAUGUCAAUCUGGACAGCCUCAUCGAUGAAUUCAGCGGUGCCCCCUGCAGGAGGUCCCUGGCAGUGACAGACUCUCCAGAGGGGGACGCUGUGCCUGAGGAGGAGCCCCAGAGCACCACUUUAUGACCUAUGAACCUAAGGCAUCACAGUUAACCAGCACCCCUUUGGCUGUACAUACUCUUAACUGUCUCCGCCAAGGCCUGAUGGAAACACCAAUUGGCCUCACCAAUACCCACCUGAAACAGAACUUAAAUCCUCCCUCACAUCUGCUACAGGCUGCAGUGAAACUCACCUCUUACAACUGCUCACUAGUACAUAAAUGUUACUACAAAAAACACCAAAAUGCCGUAGUGGAGGAACAGUGCCUCUAUGAGGAAGAACUGGAAUAUAGAUUAGUAUUACAUUAAAAAAGCUUUUUUUUUGUUUUGGUUUUUUUUUUUUUUUUUGCUUUGAUUUGUUUCAUCUUUGUUGUUUUAUGCAGUGAGUUGCAUUUUUCAAUUUCUUUGAGCCUUAUUAGAAGAUGCAAUCAAAUUGCAAAAUGAUAUUCAUGACUUGUACAACGAAACUCAGAGCCUGAAAUGGUUAGGAGCAAUGCCCAUCCUCAGGGUGAAACAGUGAGAACGAACGAGAGAGUAGUCCAGGUAUAUUGUUCACAGAGUAAUCAGGCUUGGUGCACAUUAGGGAAAUGCUGAGCCCUAGAGGCAGGUUCACCUUGCACGAUGAAAGAUUUAAUGCAGUUUUACUCUUCUUGUUGCACCUAGUUUGGAUUUCCCCUCUUCUAACACGUUACAAUUGUAGAUAUUUACCUGGCACUUACCUACAUACAGGUACACUCACUUUAAUUCACUUUAUACCAGCACAGUAUGAGAAGAAUGUUAUUGUGAAUUUAAGUUUUUAACUUGCAUUUGUUAUUCAGUUAGAAAGAAAGCACCAUUAUGUGUUUGCAUGAUAUCAAAUAUGAUCGAUCUGCACGUACAUCCAAGCCAAAUCAAAGGCCUCAGAGUGGUAGUGUUUGUGUGUGUGUGUGUGUUGGGGGGUGUUUGUUGUUGUUCUUGGAGAGUAAAUUUAGGCCACCCAUGUGGUGUUACCAUUUGAUGAUAAUGGAUGGAUGACUACACUGCCUUUAGGUUUAUAUUAUCCUCUCUCUUAACUUUGUUUCAAGUGCUUCAGGUACCCCUAAUGUAAAUACAAAACUGUAUAAAAAUGAUGUAUAUAAAUCUGAGAGGAAA